GAGAUGAGUCGUACACCGGAUGCCAGAGCGAGGGACAGCCAGACAAGGAGGAUCCAGGAAAACAUCACCAGUGUGGAGAAACAUUUUGGAGAUAUGUGCCAACUAUUUGCCGCAUAUGUCCGCAAAACAGCCAGACUACGAGACAAAGCAGACCUUCUGGUCCGGGAAAUCGGCAUGUAUGCAGACACAGAAACGCCAAACCUGAAGAGGGGUAUGAAGCAGUAUGCUGACCACCUGGCCAAGAUUCAAGACUACCGCCAAGCUGAGGUAGAAAGACUCGAAGCCAAAGUCAUAGAGCCAUUAAAAAGCUAUGGAGCUGUCGUGAAGCGUAAAAGGGAGGAUCUGAAGGCGACUCAGAGUGCCAGAGACAGAGAAGCCAAACAGAUGGCUCAGCUUGAGAGGACCAGACAGAGGAACCCCUCAGACAGGCAGAUCAUUUCACAGGCUGAAAGUGAGCUCCAGAGAGCCACUAUGGACGCCACACGGACCACAAAGCAACUGGAGGAGACAAUAGACGAGUUUGAGAAGCAGAAGAUCCAGGACAUCAAGAAAGUCUUCAGUGAGUUUGCGACAGUGGAAAUGUCAUUCCAUGCUAAAGCUUUGGAGGUGUACACUUUGGCCUACCAAAGCAUUCAAAGUGUGGACGAGGAGGCGGACCUGGAAGUGUUCAGGAGUUCGCUGCACCCCCCUGACUACCACUCACGCUUAGACAUAGUGCGAGCUAAUUCCAAAACUUCCCUUGAUCGGACCGGGUCUUUCCUGAGUACAUCAGGGACCUUACAGCAGCAAAGAGCUCGCCAGACGAGAAGAGAGGAGGAGGAGGACGAGGACGACGAGGAGGAUGAAGAUGAAUCUGAAGAGGAAGAGGGUGAAGAGGAUGAAGAGGAGGACUCGGAUGAUGAAAACUGAACCUUCCUAAAUUAUCGUGCUGUGUUUAUAUGGGACAAAAAGAGACAACAAAAGGUUCAUUAACUGUUUUCUAAAGGAAAAGCUGUGUCAUUGCCAAAACCACGUCAUGGCCUGAGCAGUAUUGUAGUCGCUGUUUCGCUGUUUUAGUCUAAUGCUUUGUGAGAAAUGUGUUUACUUACUACAAUUUAUAUCCAGUCAACUAUUGUUUUAACUAUAUUUUUUAUAUCACACAACAAUCUCAGAAUGUGCAUCACAUGGUCGCUUGUCUUUGUGAAUAAAAACGUCCAUUUUCA